GCUAAUGACAUAUAUCUAUUGGGGGGAAAGAUAAUUAGCACGACGCGCGGACGGAUGUUCUCGGUGCGACAAGUAAAAAUAGAGUCAAGAACGAAGUAUGAACAAAUUAUACCCACUAAGUGGGGUUACACGGCGCGCAAGACCUGGGAAAACGCGUCUCCAACCGCGCCGCAAUCGAAGUGCGGAGUACAGACGACCACCAAACGAAUGGAGGACUGGCGAAGCAAGAAGCGCGCAGGAAGGAGUGAGAAACAGCGGAUAUAAAUACCCGAAGAAUGGAGAGGGUCGGCAAGACGCGCGAGAGAAGUCGGAAGUAAGAGGGAUGGGGAGAGAGAAGGAAAGGAAAUGGAAGGACAGGAAUAGGAAAAGGCUAGUUAAAGGAGAAGAGGUUUUGGAAGGAGAGAGAGAGAGAGAGAGAGAGAGAGAGAGGGAAGGAAAGAGAGGAAGAGAGAAAGAUAGGAGAGGGGAGGGAAGAGGAGGAGGAGGAGGAGGAGGAGGAGGAAAGGAGAAGCGGUCGCCGCACCGAAGCGACGGCAGAACCGAGACCCAUUGAUGAUUUACCCAGCAGCAGGAAGUUAAGUCGUCCAUUGUAA